GCCAGAGAGUUCAUAGUUCAGUUACAUAUCCAGUAGUAGCCAGUCGCUUUAGUCUCUGCUGUAUUCGGACAGUUUGACCUAAAACGAGGUGUUUGGUGUUUCGGACUGUGUGCAUGUACUGAAACUAGAGGGGGCACUUUGUUGAAAGAUGGCUAUGGUGUGUCUGACUGACUUCGAGGAGUAUGCCAAACAGCAUCUGUCCAAAGCUACCUGGGACUACUAUGCAGCUGGAGCAGAUGAGUGUUGCACCAGAGAUGACAACUUACUGGCUUAUAAAAGGAUCCGCCUAAGGCCACGUGUCUUGCGGGACGUGUCUGUAAGUGACGUACGGACUACUGUGUUGGGUACCGAGAUUAGCUUUCCUGUGGGCAUUGCACCCACAGCUUUUCACUGUCUGGCCUGGCACGAGGGUGAGAUAGCCACUGCCAGAGCCACUGAAGCUGUAAACACCUGCUACAUCAGCAGCACUUACUCCACCUGCUCAGUGGAGGAAAUUUGUGCAGCAGCACCAAAAGGUUACAGAUGGUUUCAGCUCUAUGUGUACCGUGACCGUAAACUCUCAGAGCAGCUUGUGCACAGGGUGGAGGCGCUUGGCUACAAGGCUCUGGUGCUCACCGUCGAUGUGCCAUACACAGGCAAGCGACGUGAUGACAUUCGCAACCAGUUCAAGCUCCCUCCACACCUGAAAGUGAAGAAUUUUGAGGGGAUGUUUCAGAACAGUGGCCCUGAAGAAUAUGGAAUUCCUGCCAACACUUUGGAUCCAUCCAUCAGCUGGAAAGAUGUACACUGGCUGCAGUCUAUCACUCACCUGCCAAUUAUUAUCAAAGGCAUCCUGACUAAAGAGGAUGCAGAGUUAGCAGUGGAGCAUGGUGUCCAAGGAAUCAUUGUGUCCAACCAUGGGGGCCGACAGCUGGAUGGUGGACCAGCCACUAUAGACUGUUUGUCUGAGAUAGUGGACACAGUCCAAGGCCGGAUCGAGGUGUACAUGGAUGGCGGGAUUCGCACUGGCAGUGACGUGCUGAAGGCCUUGGCUCUCGGGGCCAGAUGUGUGUUUAUUGGUAGACCGGCGAUCUGGGGCCUUGCAUACAAGGGUGAGGAGGGAGUAAGAAAAGUUCUGCAAAUUCUAAAUGAUGAGUUCCGUCUGGCCAUGGCCUUAUCUGGUUGCAGAAAUGUGGCUGAGAUUAAUAGGAACCUCAUUCAGUGUUCUAAACUCUGACAAGAAAAAAAUAAGUGCAAGACCAAGAAUUUAAGAUCAAGAGUUUUAAUUACACAUCACAAUUUCUAUGUGGCAUUACUCACUGGUAACAUUGUUCUGUAUUUUAAUAAUGACCAAUUUAAAAAAGGGCAUUUAUACAAUGGAUUUGAUAACAUACUACUUUAGGUUUGAUGGAAAUAGAUCUUCAUCAUAAUUAUUUCUGAAGCUGGAUUUGAGACAUUCUGUAAACAAAGAUAAUUCAGAGUAUCACCCAGGAAUAUAAAGAAUGCUUGUGACAGGUACAAAUAUCUGGCAAGGUGCUGUGUUAUACUACCUGGAGUAACAUGUCAAUAAACAAUAAAUUGUAAUAAUAUACAAAAAA